UUAAACUUUGUUUGUCUCUGUGUUUUUCAUCCUUCGUUCGAAAGUUGUGUAGAACGAAUUUUCAAACUCGUCAAUAAAAAAAAAUUCAUUCAACCGACAUUCACCAUCAUCAAUAAUGUCGGAUUCAUUAUCAUUAAUGACAAUGGAUUCUGGUGGUGGUGAUGGUAUGCCUUCGGGACAAUUCCAUGAUCAACAACCACAAUCAUCCUCAUCAUCAACAUCGACAACUGGUGGUGGUGCUGGCACUGGAUCCACAUCAGCCACAUUAUUGGAUGUAUCGAUAUUAGUUGCAUACAUCAGACGUAUGGUACCGGCAUUCAUGGAAGAAGAUGGUUGCGUACCAAAUUCACUUCGUCAAUUAUUGCUCAAUGAAUCGACAUUGGAACAAUUGAAAAAAUUUAUCCAAGAACCACAAACACGUUCGAUACUUAUUCAACGGCAGAUUCUUAAAGAUGAUGAUGAAGAUGAAACUACUACCGGUAAUAAUAAUGGUUCCAUAAUCGGAACCACUAAUGGUGAUGAUGUAUUAUAUACGAUUGAAUUGGAAGUUAAAUAUCAUAAUCCAAAAAUUACUUCAUUGGUUCUCAUAAAAAAUGGUUCAAUAUUGGAAGCAGAUAAGCCAUUAUUAACCCAGUUACGUUUUAUGAAUCUAACGGAUUCAUUGCCAUAUGAAACACUGCAUUCAUAUGUAUCGGCUGCUGUUGCUCCGUAUUUUAAAUCUUUUGUCAAAGAAACUGGUCGUGCUGAAAGAGAUGGUGAUAAAAUGGCACCAAAUGUUGAGAAAAAAAUUGCUGAACUUGAAAUGGGUCUAUUACAUUUACAGCAAAAUAUCGAUAUACCCGAGAUAACGCUGCAAAUACAUCCAUAUGUUCAACAGGUGAUUAAUAAAUGUCGUGAAGAUGGCCAGAAAAUUACAAUGGAACAUUUUGGUGAUAAAGUUAAUGAUUCAGUGUUUCUUAAUCAACUGCAAGCUGGUGUUAAUCGUUGGAUACGUGAAAUACAAAAAGUAACUAAACUUGAUCGUGAUGCCAGCAGUGGUACAGCAAUGCAAGAAAUUAGUUUUUGGCUAAAUCUUGAACGUGCAUUAUUACGAAUCCAAGAAAAACGUGAAAGUAUUGAAGUGGUGACCACGUUGGAAAUAUUGAAAAAUGGCAAACGAUUUCAUGCAACGGUUUCGUUUGACGCCGAUACACGAUUAAAAGAAGCAUUGGCUACCGUAGCGGAUUAUAAUCCAUUGAUGAAAGAUUUUCCGCUCAACGAUUUAUUGGCCGCAACGGAUUUACAAAAAAUUCGUAUUGCAUUGCAAGUUUUAUUUCAACAUUUACGUAAAAUUCGUAAUACAAAAUAUCCAAUGAAACGUGCAUUGAAACUGAUGGAAGCCAUAUCUAGGGAUCUAAUGUCCCAAAUGCUUAAAGUACUUGGUACCAGACGUAUGAUGCAUAUCCCAUAUGAAGAAUUUGAUCGAAUCAUAACACAAUGUUUUGAAGUAUUCACUGCAUGGGAUGAUGAAUAUGAAAAAUUCCAGACGUUAUUGCGUGAUAUUGUCAAAAAGAAACGUGAUGAACAUUUGAAAAUGAUUUGGCGUAUAAAUUUCGCUCAUAAAAAACUACAGAUACGUAUGGAACAGAUGCGUAAAUUUCGUCGUCAACAUGAACAAUUACGUGCUGUUAUAUUGCGUGUUUUACGACCAUCCACCUCUUCGGCUGUACUCAACAAAACAAAAGAUGGCACUGAUACGGAAACUGGAUCUGAAAAAACGUCCGGUUUUGAUUCCACAUUAUCAUCGCAAUCAUCUACAUCAAUGAUGGCAUCUGCAGAUAUAAAUGAAAUUGAAGAAGUAAAUAUUGCCUAUGAAUUAGUAAAAGAAGUUGAUGCAUUAGAUAUGACAAAAGAAGGUACCGAUUCAUGGGAAGCAUCGUUGAAACGUUAUGAAGAACGUAUUGAUCGUGUUGAAGCACGUAUUACUGCAAAACUUCGUGAUCAACUUGGAAUGGCUAAAAAUGCUAACGAAAUGUUUCGUAUUUUCUCUCGUUUCAAUGCAUUGUUUGUUCGGCCACAUAUUAGUGGAGCGAUUCGUGAAUAUCAAACUCAACUGAUUCAACGUGUAAAAGAUGAUAUUGAAACUUUACAUGAAAAAUUCAAAAUACAAUAUCCACAGAAUAAGGCAUGUAAAAUGUCACGUGUUUAUGAUCUGCCGCUGGUUUCUGGUUCGAUAAUAUGGGCACGGCAAAUUGAACGGAAAUUAUCUAUUUAUAUGAAACGUGUUGAAGAUGUAUUGGGUAAAGGUUGGGAAAGCCAUAUUGAAGGCCAGAAAUUGAAAAAUGAUGCUGAAAGUUUUCGUAUGAAACUGAAUACACAAAGUAUUUUCGAUGAAUGGUGUCGUAAUAUACAACAAAAACAGCUAAAUGUUAGUGGAAGAAUAUUCACUAUUGAAUCAACAAGAACACAACAAAGAUCUGGUUUUCGUUUAAGAGUGAAUUUCCUGCCGGAUAUCAUUACAUUGGCUAAAGAAGUACGUAAUCUACGUAGUCUUGGAUUUCGCGUCCCAUUGGGUAUUGUGAAUAAAGCACAUCAAGCAAAUCAACAUUUUCCAUUUGCCGUUUCAUUGAUUGAAACUGUUAAGGCAUAUGAACGUGCAUGUGAAAAAGUGGAACAAAAGCCUUCAUUGGCAUUGUUGGUGGCUGGUCUGAAAUCUGAAGUACAAGAAUUAAUCUCUGAAGGUGCUACAAUGGUCUGGGAAUCAUAUAAACGUGAUUCAUAUGUACAAAAAUUGGGUGAAACUGUAUUGAAUUUCCAGGAAAAAGUCGAUGAAUUAUUGGAUAUCGUCGAACAGAUUGAUGUGGAAGUCAAAUCCAUCGAAGAUUGUACAUAUUCAUCAUUCACAUUUAUUGAAAUAUUGAACAAGAUACAAAAAGCUGUUGAUGAUCUAUCGUUGCAUCGUUAUUCUAAUCUAAGUGAAUGGGUACAACGUUUAGAUAAAGAAGUUGAAAAACGUUUAGCGCUACGGUUACAAGCCGGUAUCAAAGCAUGGACACGUGCACUGGAUGGUAAUGCUGUUGGUGCUGGUGGUCAUGGUAGCGGUGGUUCGAAUAAAGACGGUACUGAUACGGAUACAUUGACCGAUACAGAUUCACCGAUCGCAAAUAUAGCCAGACCAGGUGGUGAUCCACAAAUACAAAUCUUAAUACAUGAAAUUCGCAUUACCAAUCAAGUGAUGUAUGUUAGUCCAUCGAUUGAAGAAGCAAGAUUCAAUCUAUUGCAAGAAUUGUUCGCUUGGCAAAAUGUUAUACUUACAUUACAACGUAUUGAAUCAAGUCGUUAUCAAGUUGGUUUGGAUCGUCCACAAUCGAGACACUAUCGUGAUCUAUUGAAUAAAAUGCCUGAUGAUGGACCACAAAUAUUGAAUCAAGCAUAUGAAGCGAUUGAAAUGAAAAUCCGACAAAUGCGUGAUUACAUUCAACAAUGGCUCACAUAUCAAUCAUUAUGGGAUCUACAAUCGGAUAUGCUUUACACUAAAUUGGGUGAUGAUAUAACGAAAUGGAUGAAUACAUUGGUGGAGAUAAAAAAAUCACGUACAACUUUUGAUACCGCUGAUACACGUAAAGAAAUCGGACCACUAGUUGUGGAUUAUGCAAAAGUGCAAUCAAAAGUUACGUUGAAAUAUGAUUCAUGGCACAAAGAAGUAUUGAGUAAAUUUGGUUCACUACUUGGCCAAGAAAUGUCAUCAUUGCAUUCAAUCAUAUCGAAUAGUCGAUUGGAAUUGGAAAAACAAUCCAUCGACACGGCUAAUACAAAAGAUGCUGUCACCUUUAUAACGUAUGUACAAUCAUUAAAAUCGAAAAUUUUGCAAUGGGGCAAACAGGUAGAAAUUUAUAAAGAAGGACAACGAAUUCUCGAAAGGCAACGUUUUCAAUUUCCAAAUAAUUGGCUUCACGUCGAUAAUAUUGAUGGUGAAUGGUCAGCUUUUAAUGAAAUAAUGAAACGUAAAGAUGCAUCGAUACAACACCAGGUAACAUCAUUGCAGGUGAAAAUUGUUGCUGAAGAUAAAUUGGUUGAAGCAAGAACUGUGGAAUUUUUGACGGAAUGGGAACGUGGAAAACCAGUACAGGGAUCAAUAAAUCCAAAAGAGGCAUUGAACCGUUUAACAAUUUUCGAAACAAAAUUUAAUCAUCUACGUGAAGAUCGUGACAAUAUAAUGCGUGCAAAAGAAGCAUUAGAAUUGUUGGAACCUGGCUUAUCAGCAUCAAGUCCAAAUGAUGAAAAAUUACAGGUAUCAUUGGAAGAACUUCAAGAUUUGAAAUUCGUUUGGACUGAAUUGGCAAAAGUUUGGGAACAAAUUGACUCGUUGAAAGAGAUGCCAUGGUUAUCGGUACAGCCAAGAAAACUUCGUCAACAACUAGAUGGUCUGUUGGCUCAACUGAAAGAAAUGCCGGCACGAUUACGACAAUAUGCAUCAUAUGAUUAUGUGAAACGUGUGUUACAAUCAUAUACAAAAUCCAAUGUAUUGAUUGUAGAACUGAAAUCCGAUGCUUUGAAAGAACGUCAUUGGCGUCAUCUUUGUAAGCAAUUACGUGUUCAAUGGAUAUUAUCAGAAUUGACAUUAGGACAAGUUUGGGAUAUCGACUUGCAGAAGAAUGAAAUUAUAGUUAAAGAUAUCAUACAAGUUGCACAAGGCGAAAUGGCAUUGGAAGAAUUCCUGAAACAAGUUCGUGAAUUUUGGCAAACUUAUCAGUUGGAAUUGAUAAAUUACCAGAAUAAAUGUCGUAUCAUACGUGGUUGGGAUGAUCUGUUCACCAAGGUGAAAGAACAUAUUAAUUCAAUAUCGGCAAUGAAAUUAUCACCAUAUUAUAAAGAAUUUGAAGAAGAUGCCCUGUCAUGGGAAGAAAAGCUGAAUCGUAUCAAUGCAAUUUUUGAUGUUUGGAUCGAUGUACAACGCCGUUGGGUCUAUCUCGAAGGAAUAUUUAGUGGCAGUUCAGACAUCCAGGCAUUGUUGCCGGUGGAAACAUCAAGAUUUCAAUCAAUUAGUUCAGAAUUUUUACAAUUAAUGAAAAAAGUAUCGAAAAAUCCAAUGAUUAUUGAUGUAAUGAAUAUACCUGGUGUACAGCGAUCAUUGGAACGUUUAUCUGAUUUAUUGGGUAAAAUACAAAAAGCAUUAGGUGAAUACCUGGAACGAGAACGUUCAUCAUUUCCACGUUUUUAUUUUGUUGGCGAUGAAGAUUUAUUGGAAAUUAUUGGCAAUUCGAAAAAUAUUCUAAGAUUACAAAAACAUUUCAAAAAAAUGUUUGCCGGCGUCUCUUCAAUCAUUUUGAAUGAUGAUCAAACCCAUGUAUUAGGUUUGUGUUCAAAAGAAGGUGAAGAAGUACAUUUUUUCAAUCCGAUAUCGAUAAUUGAUAAUCCGAAAAUCAAUAAAUGGCUUUCAUUAUUGGAACGAGAGAUGCGUUAUACAUUGGGAAAAUUAUUGGCACAAGCUGUCUCAGAUCAGGCACUAUUUCGUAUGAGUGGCCAACAAAAAAUUGAAAUGGAUCAAUUCAUUCAAUGGUUGGAUCGAUAUCAAGCACAGAUUGUCGUAUUGGCUGUACAGAUAUCAUGGUCUGAAUCGGUUGAAACCGCGUUGAUUCAAUCACAACAACAACAACAAAAACAAUUAGAUCAAGUUCUUGAAGCAGUUGAGACAACGUUACAAAUAUUGGCUGAUUCAGUGCUGCAAGAACAACCACCAUUACGAAGAAAAAAACUUGAACAUUUAAUUACGGAAUUUGUUCAUAAGCGUGAUGUGACCAGGGAAUUGAUAAGAAAACAAAUUCAUUCGAAUAAAUCAUUCGAUUGGCUUUCGCAGAUGCGUUUCUAUUUUGAUCCAAAACAAACAGAUAUUCUACAACAAUUGACGAUUCAUAUGGCAAAUGCAAAAUUUUUUUAUGGUUUCGAAUAUCUUGGUGUCCAAGAAAAAUUGGUACAAACACCGCUGACUGAUCGUUGUUAUCUUACUAUGACACAAGCGCUAGAAGCACGUCUCGGUGGUUCACCAUUUGGUCCAGCUGGUACUGGUAAAACCGAAUCGGUUAAAGCAUUAGGAAAUCAAUUGGGAAGAUUUGUCCUGGUAUUUAAUUGCGAUGAAACAUUUGAUUUUCAAGCAAUGGGACGUAUUUUUGUUGGUCUUUGUCAAGUCGGUGCUUGGGGUUGUUUUGAUGAAUUUAAUCGUUUGGAAGAACGUAUGUUAUCGGCCGUAUCGCAGCAAAUACAACAAAUUCAAGAAACAUUAAAUAAUUCCAAUAAAUCUGAAUUGGUUGUCGAAUUAAUCGGUAAACAAGUUCGAAUCAAUCAAGAUAUGGCAAUAUUCAUCACGAUGAAUCCCGGUUAUGCUGGCCGAUCAAAUUUGCCGGAUAAUUUGAAAAAAUUAUUCCGAUCAUUAGCAAUGAAUAAGCCGGAUCGACAAUUGAUUGCUCAAGUGAUGCUUUUCUCGCAAGGAUUUCGUAUGGCUGAAAAAUUGGCUACGAAAAUCGUACCAUUUUUCAAGCUAUGUGACGAACAAUUAUCGAAUCAACCACAUUAUGAUUUUGGUUUACGUGCAUUAAAAUCAGUGCUCGUUUCGGCUGGUAACAUUAAACGUGAUCGUAUUCAACGUAUACGUCAAUCAGAUCAAACUAUUGAUGAAGCAACCAUUGCUGAACAAUUACCGGAACAAGAGAUUCUUAUACAAAGUAUUUGUGAAACAAUGGUACCAAAAUUAAUUGCUGAAGAUAUACCGUUAUUAUUUUCAUUAUUAUCCGAUGUAUUUCCUGGUAUUAAAUAUACACGGGCAGAAAUGCGAAAAUUACGCGAAGAAAUACGUAAUGUUUGUAGCGAGAUGUAUCUUGUUUGUGAUUACGGUGAUGAUGGUUGCCAACUGAUAAAUGAUCAAUCAAUGACAUCGAAUUCGGACUCUGAUUCACAACAAGAUGAAUGUUCAUGGUUGGGUAAAGUGCUGCAAUUAUAUCAAAUAUCACAACUUAAUCAUGGUUUAAUGAUGGUUGGACCAUCUGGUAGCGGCAAAUCAACAGCAUGGAAAGUAUUACUUCGCGCUUUAGAACGUUUUGAUGGUCUUGAAGGUGUUGCACAUGUAAUAAAUCCAAAAGCAAUAUCGAAAGAAGCCCUAUAUGGUACGCUGGAUCCAAACACUCGUGAAUGGACUGAUGGUCUAUUUACACAUAUAUUGAGAAAAAUUAUUGAUAAUGUUCGUGGUGAAAUUAAUAAACGCCAGUGGAUUAUUUUCGAUGGCGAUGUGGAUCCAGAAUGGGUUGAGAAUUUAAAUUCAGUUUUGGAUGAUAAUAAACUGCUUACAUUGCCGAAUGGUGAACGGCUUAGCAUACCGCCAAAUGUAAGAAUUAUGUUUGAAGUACAAGAUCUGAAAUAUGCAACAUUAGCCACUGUUUCACGUUGUGGUAUGAUCUGGUUCUCCGAAGAUGUUCUUACAACGGAAAUGAUUUUUGAAAAUUUUUUCGCUCGUCUACGCAAUAUUCCAUUGGAAGAUUUGGAUGAUGAUUUAUCAUCGUCAUUAGCUGCAUACAUGACAACAACGAAAACAACCGUAACAACAAAACCAGAACAAGAUGACGCCGUUAGUGAUUCAUUGCAAAUUCAAAGAAAUUUUGCACAAAUUUUACAAAAUUAUUUCUCACCCGAUGGUCUUGUCAAACGAGCAUUGGAAUUUGCAUCGAAACAAGAACAUAUAAUGGAUUUUACACGUUUACGUGCUCUAAGUUCGUUAUUUUCAUUAUUAAAUCAAUGUUGCCGAAACAUAUUGCUUUAUAAUCAAAAUCAUCCGGAUUUUCAAAUCGCGUCGGAUGUAUUGGAAAAAUAUGUUCCAUGUUCAUUGGUUUAUAGCAUUCUGUGGUCAUUUUCUGGUGAUGGAAAACUAAAAGUUCGUCAAGAUCUUGGUGAAUUUAUACGUAGUAUAACGACAAUCGCGUUACCACCAGCGAAUCCAACAUAUUCAUUGAUUGACUAUGAAAUAACAUUGAAUGGUGAAUGGUCAUUAUGGCAAAAUAAAGUACCACAGAUUGAAAUUGAAACACAUAAAGUGGCAUCACCUGAUGUUGUUGUACCAACGGUGGAUACUGUACGUCAUGAAUUGCUGUUAAAUACCUGGCUAGCUGAACAUAAACCAUUGGUACUUUGUGGUCCACCGGGUUCUGGUAAAACAAUGACAUUGUUCAAUUCAUUACGUUCAUUACCAGAUAUGGAAGUUGUUGGUUUGAAUUUCUCAUCCGCCACAACCCCGGAAUUGCUAUUGAAAACAUUUGAUCAUUAUUGUGAAUGUCGUAAAACACCGAAUGGUCUGGUUAUGUCGCCGAUACAGAUUGGAAAAUGGCUCAUCUUAUUUUGUGAUGAAAUUAAUCUACCACAAAUGGAUAAAUAUGGAACGAUACGUGUCAUUUCAUUUUUACGACAAUUGGUUGAAUAUGGUGGAUUCUAUCGAACGCAGGAUCAUUCAUGGGUUCGUCUAGAGAGGAUUCAAUUUGUUGGUGCAUGUAAUCCACCAACGGAUCCUGGCCGUAAACCAUUAUCACACCGCUUCUUGCGUCAUGUUCCAAUUAUUUAUGUAGAUUAUCCUGGCGAAACUUCGUUGAAACAAAUUUAUGGUACAUUUAAUCGUGCAAUGUUGAAAAUUAUGCCCAACUUGCGUGCAUAUGCUGAACCCUUGACAUCAGCUAUGGUUGAAUUUUAUCUAAUGUCCCAGGAACGUUUUACACAAGAUAUGCAACCACAUUAUGUUUAUUCACCUCGUGAAUUAACACGUUGGGUACGUGGUAUUGUUGAGGCGAUACGUCCACUUGAUUCACUCACUGUCGAGGGAUUAGUUCGUCUUUGGGCACAUGAAGGUCUCCGGUUAUUCCAGGAUCGUCUUGUUGAAGAUUAUGAACGUCAAUGGACCGAUGAACAUAUCGAUAUGAUUGCAUUGAAACAUUUUCCCAAUAUUGAUCGUCAACAAGCACUAAAUCGUCCAAUUCUUUAUAGUAAUUGGCUUUCAAAAGAUUAUUUACCCGUUGAUCGUGAACAAUUGCGUGAAUUUGUAAAAGCACGUUUAAAGGUUUUCUAUGAAGAAGAAUUAGAUGUCCAACUGGUUUUAUUCAAUGAAGUUCUCGAUCAUGUUUUACGUAUUGAUCGUAUUUUCCGUCAACCACAAGGACAUCUUUUAUUAAUUGGUGUAUCUGGAGCUGGUAAAACCACGUUAUCACGUUUUGUUGCCUGGAUGAAUGGUUUGAGUAUAUUCCAGAUUAAAGUUCAUAAUAAAUAUUCCGGUGCUGAUUUCGAUGAAGAUUUACGUUCUGUAUUACGGCGUUCUGGUUGUAAAAAUGAAAAAAUUUGUUUUAUUCUCGAUGAAUCAAAUGUAUUGGAUUCUGGUUUCUUGGAACGAAUGAACACCUUGUUGGCAAAUGGUGAAGUACCUGGUUUGUUUGAAGGUGAUGAAUACACGACACUGAUCACACAGAUUAAAGAUGCAAGUCAACGCGAAGGUCUUAUGUUGGAUUCAAAUGAAGAAUUGUAUAAAUGGUUUACACAACAAGUGAUAAAAAAUCUACAUGUUGUAUUCACUAUGAAUCCAUCAAGUGAAGGGUUAAAAGAUCGUGCUGCCACAUCGCCAGCUUUGUUUAAUCGUUGUGUAUUGAAUUGGUUCGGUGAUUGGACCCCGGAAGCACAAUUUCAAGUUGGUUAUGAAUUCACAUGUAAAUUGGAUUUGGAAAACGCUCGUUAUGUACCACCAGAAACAUUUCCGGCAGCAUUUCAUAAUUUUCCACAAUCACCAAGACAUCGUGAUGCUGUUAUCAAUUCCUUUGUUUACAUUCAUCAAACUUUACAUCAUGCAAAUGAACGUCUUUUACGUCGUGGUGGCCGCAUCACGACAAUAACACCACGUCAUUAUCUGGACCUAAUUAAUCAUUAUGUGAAAUUAUUCUAUGAAAAAUGUUCAGAAUUAGAAGAUGAACAACUUCAUUUGAAUGUUGGCUUGACGAAAAUCCGUGAAACUGUUGAACAAGUGGAAGAGUUGCAAAAAUCAUUGGCAUCAAAAUCAAAUGAUUUGGAAGCUAAAAAUCAAGCUGCAAAUGCUAAAUUGAAAGAAAUGUUAAAAGAUCAACAAGAAGCUGAACGUGAAAAAGUUAAAUCACAAGAGCUGCAAUUAAUGCUUAAAAAACAAGAAACGGAAAUUGCAGAGAAAACCGCUGCAGUUAUGGCCGAUUUAGCACAAGUAAAACCAGCAGUUGAAGAAGCUCGUCAAGCUGUACAAUCGAUCAAGAAACAGAAUUUGGUGGAAGUAAAAUCUAUGACCAAUCCACCACCGGCAGUUAAAUUGGCCCUAGAAUCCAUUUGUUUACUGUUGGGUGAAUCCACUACCGAUUGGAAAGUGAUUCGAUCGAUUUUGAUGCGCGAAAAUUUCAUUUCUACAAUUGUCAAUUUUCAAACCGAUAAUAUUACUGAAGAUAUUCGUCAAAAAAUGAUCACUAAAUACAUGCAAAAUCCAGAUUAUAAUUUUGAAAAAAUCAAACAUGCAAGUUUAGCCUGUGAACCAUUGGUGAAAUGGGCCAUCGCACAGGUUAAUUAUGCGGAUAUGUUGAAAAAAAUUGAACCACUGCGUAAUGAAUUGAAAAGUCUAGAAACCGAAGCGGAUGCUAAUAAAGCUAAAGCUGCGGAAACAGAUCGCAUUGUUGGACAAUUAGAACGUUCGAUUGCAUCGUAUAAAGAAGAAUAUGCAAAUCUUGUAUCACAAGCACAAGCAAUCAAAUCUGAUUUGGCUAAUGUUCAAUCAAAAGUUGAUCGAUCAAUUGCAUUAUUAAAAAGUCUUAGUAAUGAACGUGAACGUUGGGAACAUUCAUCGGAAACAUUUAAAAAUCAAAUGCAAACUAUUGCUGGUGAUUGUAUACUAUCGGCUGCAUUCCUUGCUUAUGCCGGUUAUUUCGAUCAACAAUAUCGACAAUCAUUGUUUAAUUCAUGGUGUACACAUCUAAGUCAAGCAAAGAUUCAAUAUCGAUCUGAUUUGGCUCUCACUGAAUAUCUAUCCACAGCUGAUGAACGUUUACGUUGGCAAGCCAAUUCAUUACCAUCGGAUGAUUUAUGUGUUGAAAAUGCAAUCAUGUUGAAACGUUUCAAUCGUUUCCCAUUGAUUAUUGAUCCAUCUGGACAGGCUACUCGUUUCCUAUUGUCGGAAUUUGAUCAAAAACGUAUAACGAAAACAAGUUUCUUGGAUGAUUCAUUCCGUAAAAAUUUAGAAUCCGCCUUGCGAUUUGGUAAUCCGCUGUUGGUUCAAGAUGUAGAAAAUUAUGAUCCAAUAUUGAAUCCCGUUCUCAAUCGUGAAGUGCGAAAAACCGGUGGUCGUGUAUUAAUUACUUUAGGAGAUCAAGAUAUUGAUCUUUCACCAUCAUUUUGUAUAUUUUUAUCAACACGUGAUCCAACAGUUGAGUUUCCUCCAGACAUUUGUUCGCGUGUUACAUUCGUCAAUUUUACUGUAACACGUUCCAGUCUACAGGCACAAUGUUUGAAUCAAGUUUUACGUUGUGAACGUCCAGAUAUUGAUGAAAAACGUUCAGAUUUGUUGAAAUUACAAGGUGAAUUUCAUGUGAAACUGCGAAGAUUGGAAAAAUCAUUACUGCAAGCAUUGAAUGAUGUAAAAGGAAGAAUUCUAGAUGAUGAUUCUAUCAUAUCUACACUGGAAAAAUUGAAACAUGAAGCUGGUGAAAUAUCGAAAAAAGUCGAAGAAACCGACAAGGUGAUUGCAGAAGUGGAUUCCGUUUCACAACAAUAUAACCCAUUGGCACAGGCUUGUAGUUCCAUUUAUUUCACAUUGGAAGGAUUGAAUCAAGUUCAUUUCCUAUAUCAAUAUUCAUUGCAAUUCUUUCUGGAUAUUUUCAAUGAUGUUCUAGCAAAUAGUAAUCAACAACAAAUUACUGAUUAUAAUCAACGUUUAGCUAAUAUAACGAAAAAACUAUUUGAAGUUGUCUAUGUUCGUGUUACGCGUGGAAUGUUACACCAGGAUUGGUUGGUUUUUGCAUUACUGUUGUGUAAAAUUUAUAUUCGUGGUUUUACAACUGAACGAAAUUUUGAAAAUGAAUUUGAUCAUCUGAUGCGUGGCUUGGAAGGAAUACUGCCUGGACAGCCAUUAAUCAAUAUACCACAAAUACAAUCGGAUCGUUUAGAAUCAGCCACAGCUUUAUCGAAACUGCGGACAUUCCGUAAUUUACAGAAAAAUGUUGAUCACUGUUCCGGAGAAUUUCAUGAAUGGCUAAAUACUGGCACACCGGAAGAUAAUGUUCCUGUGGUUUGGGAUGAUGAUAAAAACUUAUCAGAAAUUGGUAAAGUUAUGCAUCAAUUACUCGUCAUACAUACUUUCCGUCCAGAUCGUGUUAUAUCAAUCAUAAAUCGUGUUGUGGCCGUUAUUUUUGGUGAACAUUUUUCACAUAUUGCUGAAAGUGAAUACGAUUUAGGUGCAGCUGUAGAAAAAUUGAUCAAAGCUAGUACACCAAUUUUGAUGUGCUCAGUACCUGGUUAUGAUGCAAGUGGACGUGUUGAUGACUUAGCCGCUGAAUUGAAUCGUCCAAUAACCUCGAUUGCUAUUGGUUCGGCUGAAGGGUUUUCUCAGGCUGAAAAAGCUAUCAAUUCAGCAUCAAAAAGUGGAAAAUGGGUUAUGCUCAAAAAUGUUCAUCUAGCACCCCAAUGGCUAGUACAAUUGGAGAAAAAAUUACAUGCCUUACAAUCAAAUCCAUCAUUCAGAUUGUUUUUAACAUUGGAAAUUCAUCCAAAAAUUCCUGUGAAUCUGCUACGAGCAGGACGAAUAUUUGUUUUUGAACCACCACCAGGUAUACGAGCCAAUCUAUUACGAACAUUUUCAACGAUUCCAGCAUCAAGAAUGAUGAAAUCACCAAAUGAACGUUCGAGACUUUAUUUUUUGGUUUCAUGGUUUCAUGCAAUCGUCCAGGAACGACUUCGAUAUUGUCCAUUAGGAUGGUCCAAACGUUAUGAAUUUAAUGAGUCUGAUUUGAAAGUAUCAUUCGAUACACUGGAUACCUGGAUCGAUGCUGUAUCAAUGGGUCGUACAAAUCUGCCCCCAGAAAAAGUACCAUUCGAUGCUAUACGAACUCUGUUUGGUCAAUGUAUUUAUGGUGGUAAAAUUGAUAAUGAUUUUGAUCAACGUUUACUUACCACAUUUCUUCAGAAAUUGUUUACGCCAAAAAGUUUUGAACCAGAAUUCGUUCUAGCUCGGGAACAAGAUAAUGAAAACAUCAUCGGAUCAUCAAUGCCUAACAUUACCAUACCAGAAGGAAUAAUACGUCGUGAUGAAUUUUUGAAUUGGGUAGAAUCAUUAUCGGAUCGCCAAACACCAUCAUGGCUUGGAUUACCAAAUAAAGCAGAGUUGGUUUUACUCACAAAUCAUGGUGUGGAUUUGAUUUCCAAAUUAUUGAAAUUACAAUUACUUGAAGAUGAUGAUGAUAUCGUCGUAAUUGGUUCAGAUGGCAUUGACACCAGUACGAAUACGAAUAGACAGGAUAAUGAAGAUGGUCGUCCAGCUUGGAUGCGUACAUUAUUGAAUUCAGCAUCAAAUUGGCUCAAAUUAAUUCCCAAUCAAUUAGCCGCAAUGAAGCGUACAUCGGACAACAUCAAAGAACCAUUAUAUCGAUAUUUUGAACGUGAAGUUAAUAAUGCCAAUAAAUUGCUGCAAGUCGUACGACAAGAUCUACUAGAUGUUAUUGCCAUUUGUCGUGGCGAAAAGAAACAGACGAAUUAUCAUCGAGAAAUCACCGAAUACCUGGCUAAAGGUAUGAUACCUAACCAUUGGAAACGUUAUCGUACACCAGAAUCAUUCACUGUGAUUCAAUGGAUAACUGAUUUCGCUGAUCGUAUUAAGCAGAUGCAACAAAUUUCAUCAUCAUCUAUUUCAAAUCUAAAGAACCUUAAUAUUUGGCUUGGUGGAUUAUUCGUUCCGGAAGCUUAUAUAACGGCUACACGACAAUUUGUUGCUCAAGCUAAUGGUUGGUCAUUGGAAGAAUUGAUGCUGCAGAUUCAUAUUUCUGAUUCCGAUACAUUGAUUGAUAAAUCUUCAUUCGGUAUUGUUGGCUUAAAACUUCAAGGUGCCGAAGUACGACAAAAUAAACUCUAUGUAACUAAUAAGAUUUUAUCACCACUGCAACUGACAUCAUUCAAAUGGGUUCGUGUAUCUGAUACUGAAAUGGAUAAAAAUCCAAUGAACAAAGUUACAUUACCUGUUUAUCUGAAUUCAACAAGAUCGGAAUUAUUAUUCUCCGUUGAUUUAGAACUUGGUGAUGGACAAGAAGAAUAUAUGUUUUAUGAACGAGGCGUAGCAUUCAUUUGUUCAAGUCAAAUCUGAUAAUUUUGAUUAUUUUCUGAAUUUUUAAUUUUCUAUUUUCUAAUUUCAAUAAAAUUUCAAUAUAUCGAUUGAAAAUUGCGCUAA